AUGGGCCACGAAUUUACAGGGGAAGUCACAGAGGUCGGGCCCGACGUACAGCGAUUCAAAAAGAACGAUCGAGUUGUAUCGCCUUUCACCGUGAGCUGUGGAAAGUGCUUUUACUGUGAGCAUGGCUUGUCUUCUCGGUGUGCGCACUGCCGGCUGUUUGGCACUGCGGCACUCGAGGGUGGGCAAGCCGAAUACGUGCGUGUUCCACUUGCUGAUUCUACCCUCUUUGCGAUCCCGCCUUCAACCGACGAGAAGAAAUUAGUCCUUAUGGCCGAUAUUCUCCCCACCGGCUAUUUUGCCGCGAUGAAUGCAUUCUCGGGGUUGGAUGCGAAGGAGGUUAGGGAUUCUACAGUUCUACUCUUUGGUUGCGGCCCUGUUGGUAUCUGUGCACUCAUCAGUGCUCUGGAGUACAGACCAAAGAAGGUACUCGCAAUUGAUAGUGUUCCUUCGCGGCUAAAGCUUGCACAGAGCCUAGGUGCCGAGUCUUGGAAUUUCAAGGAGAACGAAGAGGAGCUACGGCGCAGGGUGGAAGAGCUCACCGAGUCUCGAGGAGCUGAUAUUGUUAUUGAGGUGGUUGGACAUAGCAGUGCGCUAAGAAUGGGAUUCGAACUAUUGCGACCCUGGGGACGGAUUUCAAGUGUGGGUGUCCACAAUGGAGAAAUUCCAUGGACAGGGAACGAAGCCUACGGAAAAAACCUCCGCUUGCAGAUGGGUCGUUGCCCCGUUCGCAGUAUCUUUGGCGAUGCCCUCGAGUUUCUAAAAAGGAACCAAGAUAACUUGACAUAUGACGAUUUCGCCAACAUGCGAGCCCAGAAGAUUAUUUUCAAGGUAGAUACCAGCGAGUAG